GCCGCGCGCGUGCGCGCCUUUUCUUGGCCGCUCCACUGCCCCUCGCCCUUCUGCUUCGGGGCCGCUGGCUUGGGAGAUCCUCUUUCCUUCCACCCCCCGUUCCCCGUGGCCCCGCAAGCUUCUCACCCUCGUCGCGCGCCCGGGUGGACCGGAAGAUUAGCCUGCCUGAACGCGCGCCCAACGGUCGCCAGCGCUGCCAGCAAGGACUCCCGACUGCCUCUCUUCCCUGGGCCCCAGGCCUUCUUGGACCGCGCCAUGGGGGACAGUGAUGACGAGUAUGACCGCAGACGCAGAGACAAGUUUAGAAGGGAGCGGAGCGACUACGACCGUUCGCGGGAGAGAGAUGAGAGGCGGCGUGGGGACGACUGGAACGACAGAGACUGGGACCGGGGCCGGGAGCGCCGCAGUCGGGGCGAGUAUCGGGACUAUGACCGGAACCGGCGAGAGCGCUUCUCUCCUCCCCGCCAUGAGCUCAGUCCCCCACAGAAGCGCAUGAGGCGAGAUUGGGAUGAGCACAGCUCUGACCCAUACCACAGUGGUUAUGAGAUGCCCUACGCUGGGGGCGGUGGGGGCCCAACUUAUGGCCCCCCUCAGCCCUGGGGCCACCCAGACGUCCACAUCAUGCAACACCACGUGCUGCCGAUCCAGGCCAGGCUGGGCAGCAUUGCGGAGAUCGAUCUGGGUGUGCCACCGCCCGUGAUGAAAACUUUCAAAGAGUUCCUGUUAUCGCUGGAUGACUCUGUGGAUGAGACUGAGGCUGUAAAGCGCUAUAAUGACUACAAGCUGGACUUCCGGCGGCAGCAGAUGCAGGACUUCUUCCUGGCCCACAAGGACGAGGAGUGGUUUCGCUCUAAGUAUCAUCCUGAUGAGGUGGGGAAGCGUCGGCAAGAGGCCCGGGGGGCCCUGCAGAACAGGCUGAAGGUAUUCUUGUCCCUCAUGGAGAGCGGCUGGUUUGAUAACCUCCUCCUAGACAUAGACAAAGCCGACGCCAUUGUCAAGAUGCUGGACGCAGCUGUGAUUAAGAUGGAAGGCGGCACAGAGAAUGACCUGCGCAUCCUGGAGCAGGAGGAGGAGGAGGAGCAGGCGGGGAAGCCGGGGGAGGCCAACAGGAAAGAAGAGGGCCGCACGGGGCCUGUCGUUGCGGAUGGUGAGCGCAAGGCCGCAGAUAAAGAGGACAAGAAAGAUGAUGGCAAACAGGCAGAAGAUGACAGCUGUAAUGAUGACAAAGCGAAGAAUCCUGAGGGUGAAGGUGACAAGGAUGAGAAGAAAGAUGACCUAGAGAAGGAUGCCAAAAAGAGCAGCAAGAAGCGGAACCGUAAGCACAGUGGGGACGACAGCCUGGAUGAGGGCAGCGCAUCCGAGUCUGAGUCCGAGUCCGAGAGUGGCCAGGCAGAAGAGGAGAAGGAAGAAGCUGAGGAAGCCCUGAAGGAAAAGGACAAGCCCAAAGAGGAGGAGAGGGAAAAGGCCAAGGACACCACGGGGCUGGAGUGCAGGCCCCGGCCCCUGCACAAGACCUGCUCGCUCUUCAUGCGCAACAUUGCGCCCAACAUCUCCCGGGCUGAGAUUGUCUCUCUGUGUAAGAGAUAUCCUGGCUUUAUGCGUGUGGCUCUGUCGGAGCCCCAGCCGGAGAGGAGGUUUUUCCGCCGUGGCUGGGUGACCUUUGACCGCAGUGUGAACAUCAAGGAGAUCUGCUGGAACCUGCAGAACAUCCGGCUCCGGGAGUGUGAGCUGAGCCCUGGUGUGAACAGAGACCUGACCCGGCGCGUCCGCAACAUCAACGGCAUCACCCAGCACAAGCAGAUCGUGCGCAAUGACAUCAAGCUGGCUGCCAAGCUGAUCCACACGCUGGAUGACCGGACCCAGCUCUGGGCCGCGGAGCCUGGGACAACUCCUCUGCCAGCAAGCCUGCCUUCCCAGAACCCCAUCUUGAAGAAUAUCACGGACUACCUGAUUGAGGAAGUGAGCGCAGAGGAAGAGGAGCUGCUGGGGAGCAGUGGGGGACCCCCUCCUGAGGAACCUCCUAAGGAGGGGAACCCUGCGGAGAUCAACGUGGAGCGAGAUGAGAAGCUGAUCAAGGUUUUGGACAAACUCCUCCUCUAUUUGCGCAUCGUGCACUCCCUGGAUUAUUAUAACACCUGUGAGUACCCCAAUGAGGACGAGAUGCCCAAUCGCUGUGGCAUCAUCCACGUGCGUGGACCCAUGCCGCCCAACCGCAUCAGCCAUGGAGAAGUGCUUGAAUGGCAGAAGACAUUUGAGGAGAAGCUGACCCCACUGCUGAGUGUGCGCGAGUCUCUCUCAGAGGAGGAGGCCCAGAAGAUGGGCCGUAAGGACCCUGAACAGGAAGUGGAGAAGUUUGUCACCUCCAACACCCAGGAACUGGGCAAGGAUAAGUGGCUAUGCCCUCUGAGUGGCAAGAAAUUCAAGGGCCCUGAGUUUGUGCGUAAACACAUCUUCAACAAGCAUGCAGAAAAAAUUGAGGAAGUGAAGAAGGAGGUGGCAUUCUUUAACAAUUUCCUCACUGAUGCCAAGCGCCCUGCUCUGCCUGAGAUCAAGCCUGCCCAGCCACCUGGCCCAGCCCAGAUACUCCCCCCAGGCCUGACUCCGGGACUGCCCUACCCACACCAGACCCCACAGGGCCUGAUGCCCUACGGGCAGCCCCGGCCCCCCAUCCUGGGCUACGGCGCUGGUGCUGUCCGCCCUGCAGUUCCCACAGGGGGCCCUCCAUACCCCCACGCCCCUUACGGUGCUGGCCGAGGGAACUAUGAUGCCUUCCGAGGCCAGGGAGGUUAUCCUGGAAAACCUCGCAACAGGAUGGUGCGAGGAGACCCCCGGGCCAUCGUGGAGUACCGGGACCUGGAUGCCCCUGACGACGUGGACUUCUUCUGAACUUACGCUCUCACUCCCCUGCUGCCAUGCUCACAGCCCCCACGCCUCAAGCCCGUUUUUACAUUCAGCCCAACUACCAAUAAAGCACUUCCACGGUG